AUGGCACCACCCUGGGCGCGGGCGGCGCGGCUCCGGGGGGGGGCGCACAGCGGGCUCCGGGAAGGCGCGGCCCCGACGACCGGGCUCCCGGGGAUGCGGCGGCCGGGACGGGGACGGCCUCCGCGGCGCUCUUCCGAGCGGGCCUCUGGUCCUCCGCCGCGACGUCCAGGAGCCGACGACGCCGGGCUGCCGGGCGCAGGGGUCCUAGGCCAUCCCUCCCGUGGCCGGGCGCGGUGCCGGGCGGUCGCCGGUCCCCGGUGGCGGCGCCGCCUGGAGAGCGAGCGCUCGCUGCUGGGACUCCCUGGGCGCAGGGUCAGAGGGGCCCCAGCGCCGCCGUCCCGCCGCCCCUGGAGGCUCCCCCCGCGGCAGGAGCCUCCCCGCGCAUCCCCGAGGGGACGCUCACUCCCGCCGCCGACCCGGAGCCAGGUCGCUGCCGCGGAGUGUCAGCCUCGCGGGCCCGCGCCCAGGUCGGGAAGCGUCUCCCCUCCCCUACUGCCCUCUCGGGCGGCGCGAAGGAGCCACGAAGCGGGGCAGCAAGUGCAGCGGCCGGCCGCGCUCAGGCUCCCCGGCUCCGAACUCGGUCCGCAUGGCUCCGGCCGCGCCGCCCCGGCAGCGCCGCGCCCCGCGGGGCGGACGGCCGAGCCUCCCAGCGCGCGCCGGCGUCCGGGCCGUGGGCGACGGUCCGGCGCGCCCCCGCCGCGGCCCCGGGAGCCCGGCUGGCGGGCGGCGGCCGCGGCUGCUGCUGGGCGCGGGUCCAGGCGGGGCGGCGCGGCCCCGGCUCCCCCCGCUCCGCCUCUCCCGCCGCGGCUCGCUCCCACGGGCGCCGGGCGCACUCCGGCCGGCUCUCCCUCCCCCGCCGGCCGCCGCUGCCCUCGGGAGGGGCGCGCCGAUCGGAGCCUCCCACGGAAGUCCCAGUCCCCCGGGCCGGGAAGGGGCCGAGGGCGGCAGCCGCCCGCACGCUCGCGGCGCCCGGCUCCGAGCCAGCUCCGACUGGGCUCGCCGUGGCGCCGCGCCGCGCUCUUAUGA